AUGAUUGUUAGAAGCAUAGUCAGCCGGCAUGGCUGCCGAGCCCUCGCGGCGCCAGCCGCCCGAUCGUGCCACCGCGCCAUCACCACGUCCUCACUCGCAGGCGUGACCCCCGAGCAGCUCGAGAGCUUCACCGAGGCCGCGGCCCUAAGCCAGAUCGCCGAAGACCCGCCGGCGGCGCGGGAGCGUCCGAAGCAGGGGACCAAGGCCGUCCGCAAGGCGCACGACGCGUUCCGCCGUGUGCAGAAGGCGACGGCGCACAUCGGCUCCGUCGUCGAGCGCCCCUACGUGCCCUCGUAUCUCGUUGACCACCCGCCGGCGGCCAAGGACAUCACGCUCGAGCUUCUGAUGGCCUCGCAGACGCACAUGGGUCACCACACGUCGCUGUGGAACCCGGCCAACGCGCGGUACAUUUACGGCGUCCGGCAGGGGAUCCACAUCAUCUCGCUCGAGACGACGGCGGCGCAUCUGCGCCGCGCCGCUCGAGUCGUCGAGGAGGUGGCGUACCGCGGCGGCCUGAUUCUGUUCGUCGGCACACGCAAGGGCCAGAUGGAGAUCGUCACCAAGGCGGCCCAGCUGGCGCGCGGCUGCCACCUCUUCACCAAGUGGACGCCGGGCAACAUCACGAACCGGGACAUGAUCAGCCGCGGCAAGGCGAUCAAGGUCGUCGACGAGAAGGACGCGACGCUGGGCGGUUUCGAAAGGCUGGAGAGGACGAGCCGGCCGCUCAUACCAGACCUUGUCGUGUGCCUGAACCCGCUCGAGAACUAUACCUUGUUAUACGAGUGCGGCCUGGCCAACGUGCCGACGAUCGGCAUCAUCGACACGGACGCGAACCCGGAUUGGGUCACGUACACCAUUCCGGCCAAUGACGACAGCUACCGAUCCGUCGCCGUCAUCGGAGGCGUGCUCGGACGCGCAGGAGAGCAGGGCCAGAAGCGGCGGCUCGCGGAUGCGGAGAACGGCGUGGUGGCGUGGCAGACGCCCACCGAGACAGCGCGGUACAUGAGGGGAGAGAUCAAGCGGUACGAGCAGGAGAUCAAGCGGUGGGAGCGCGAGAGCGCGGCCGAUGCGGAGAAGGGCUCCAGCGGCGAGCAGCAGCUGCUGGAAAUGCUGCAGGUGGAACGGAUCAAGGCUGUCGACGGCGAGGUCAACUAG